UGGUGUUGCUAAGCUAAGCCAAAUGCUUGUCUCUGCAAUCGCCACAGUUGUGACUCAGAGUCCUCUACCCAUUCUCUCACUCUCUAACUCCAAAUCACACUCACUUUUCUCGAAUUCACUCUUUUUUCUCUCUAAAACCCGCAAUCGCAAUCUCGUCUCCAACCCCUCCUGCUUCCUCCAAACCCUCAACCCCAACCCUAACUCUGAUCCUGAUGACGCCAUCCGCCACGUCACCCACUCCGAUUCCGAUGAUUCCCAUAACAACAACCACGCCAACGUGGCUUCCGCCGCCGCAUUAGCUUCCGCUAUUCGCAAAGCUUCAACCUCACCCGUCGAGUUCACCCAGCGAGUCGAGAAGGACCAGAGAACCGGACUCGUGCUUCCCAGCCCUGACUUUCAGAGACUCUGCCUCCAACAGCUCCACCUCUUUCGCAGGAUCGUUCCUGAAGCACUGCUUUCGGUUUAUGUUAGACCAGCUGGUAGUUAUGUGAUGGAUCGAUUGGAGUUGCGGAGGGUUGCGGUGUACCCUGGAGAUGCUGAGUCAGUGACAGAGGGGAUUGUCAUUCUUGUGGGUGAUUUUAACAUUCCUGCUGGGUUGCGUGCUGCCGAGGCUGCGCUUUCCAAUUUGCAAGUUAAGGUUGUCCCUGAAUGUAAGGCUGUAGUUCUUCCGAUGGUGAAACACCCAUUUGUUGUUGGUUUCUUGGUUGCCGAGCUUCCACUGUUGGAGGUGGAAACGAGUGAGAAACCUCCAAGUGAUGGGCUAGAUAACCGCAUGUCUGUUGAGGAACAUUAUUCUUUGCCUCCUUUUUUGGAUUUAGAUAAGAAGUCAUGGGAAAUUCAGACCCUUCGGGUCAACGAUGAGCCAGUUGGUAUGUUCAACUUCACUUCCGAGCAAAGGUUGAAUGCCAUCAACAUUUCGCAAUCUCUAGCUAUGGCAUAUGUUAUGGAUCAGAAAGCAAUGUUACUUCAGCAGUCAACAUGGCAAAAUAAUGUCAGGAUGAGUAAUCUAGUUGAGCAAAUCCGUGGUCCUCUUUCAAGCAUUCAAACCUUAAGUAAAAUCCUGUCUAUGCAAACAAAGAGAAGUCAGAUUUCAUAUGACAUUGUUGAAGACAUCUUGGUACAAGGUGAUCGUCUGAGAGACGUUCUCCAACAACUCCAGGAUGCUGUAUAUUUGACAAAGGCUAAUAUAGUGCGUUACAAUGAAGAAGCAAUCAAGAAAAUGAAUGGUUCUACUCAUAUACUUGCUGAGUCAGUAAGAUCUCUAGAUAGUUCACCAAGGGAUGGAUCUGCAAAUAAAAUGAAAAAAUCUAGUGAGUCACUUUCUCUAAGUGCUGCUACCCACGAUGUAGAGAUGCCCCUACCACCUUUGGCUCUUGCUCCAUUACAACAAGGAAUCAGACCAUGCAAUGUUUCUGAAGUAUUGGCAGACUUGGUUGAUUCAGUGAGACCUCUUGCCCAGAGUCAAAAGCGUGUGGUAGAACUAAGUGAGCUCUCUUCCCCUUUGCAAGCUGCCGUAGAAGAACCCGCUUUACGCCAGGCUUUCAGCAAUCUUAUCGAAGGUGCUUUACUUCGCACACAGGUUAGAGGAAAGGUUGAAAUUGUGUCUACUGCUGCACCAGCAGGAGGUGCCCUUGUAAUAAUUGAUGAUGAUGGACCUGACAUGCACUAUAUGACGCAGAUGCACUCACUCACACCGUAUGGACAAGAACUCUUGUCUGAUGAAAGUGUCGAAGACAAUAUGACAUGGAACUUUGUUGCUGGGCUGACUGUUGCCCGUGAGAUACUAGAGAGUUAUGGCUGUGUCGUGCGGGUUAUAUCACCUCGGACCAAAGAUGCUCCUCUUGGAACCGGGGGAACUCGUGUAGAACUCUGGCUUCCUUCUGCAAUUGUAAAAUCUGAUUUGAGCAGCCAUGCCCAAGAGGUAUAGCAUUGGUUUGAAGUUCCAUGAAAGAUAAAUAGAUACAUUCCCAAACAGUACCACAUUGCAGCACUUGAGAAAACUGGAACGAAUAAGAUUGGAAUUAAGGGGUGGUAAAUAUUACUAGUUCUUUCUUUAUUGUUUGUUGCAAACGAUAUGUAGCCGGUUAUGUAUAUAGCUCGUAAAGAUUCUUUUGGUACAUAGUUAAUUUUAUGAUUUUGUUAAUGUCGUGCAAACAGUGUAUUACACCAUACAUAACCUGUGUGUUACAUGAUAGGAAAACUUGUGGGGUUUAUGAGAGACUACGUGUCUAAAUCUUCAGCAUUUGUACCUUUUGAAUCCCUU